AUGGAAAAGAAAAUCAAGGCAGUGCAGCUGAAGAAGAGGAUCGCCGUGGAAAAUAUAAAGUCGCUGGAACGGUUCCAGGCAGAAUACUCUACCGAUGAUGCCAAGCAGAUUCCAGAGGCGUUAGAGGAUUUAGAGAAACAUAAGGAAGGGUUCUUCGCCGCGGUUUCCAAACUGGAAGAGCUCGACGACAGUGACACAAUGAUUGAAGCUUGCAUCAUGGAAAGGAUCGACAUCGAGGAACGCUGCCGCAAGCUGAAAUCCUUUCUUCGAGAGCAUCAACCGAAGGAAGAAGGUUCCCUUAACGAGACGACAGGUUUGGCAUCAUCUACGCUUGCGUUUGGUCGACCUCACGCGCCAAACCUACGCCUGCCAAAAAUUGAGCUGCCAACGUUCGAUGGAGACCACACAAAAUGGCUCUCGUUCCGUGAUCGGUUUAUAGCCAUGAUCGACGCUUCUGCCGAGCUACCGUCUAUCGCCAAACUGCAAUACCUGCUUUCUUCGUUCAAGGGGGAUGCAGCAUUAACCUUCGAACACACACCUCUAACGGCAGACAAUUAUUCAGUGACGUGGGCAGCACUUUUAAAACGGUACGAUAAUUCUCGUCUGCUAAUACGUGAGUAUUAUCGUAAAUUGCACUAUCUUCCCGGAGUGCAAUCGGUGUGCGUGGACAAGCUAACCCACUUGGUGGAUGAGUUCACCCGUUUCGUCAACGGACUGGUGAAGCUCAAGGAACCGGUCGAUUCAUGGGACACACCACUAUCCAACAUGCUCCUCAUGAAACUGGAUCGUGAAACGUUAUUAGCUUGGGAAAAACACUCCGUGCACUUCACCAAGGAUACGUACAAGGAUGUGAUUGCGUUCGUGCAAGAUAGAAUCCAGAUCCUUAAAUCGACCAACAACUUUGUGAGUGAUCAAAGCGCUAGUGGCAUUAAGGUGGCCGGCAUUCAUCGUCACGCAGUGCAACGGAGGUUCGUCGCAAAUGCAGCUGCAUCGUGCCCUACUCCUGCUGUUUCAUCUGGUUCGAUUCAGCAGCCCAAGUGUCCGUUAGAGUGCGCAGAAGAUCAUCCAUUACGCAGCUGUCCAGUUUUCAUCGGCAAGGAGGUUCAGCAUCGACGGGACGUCGUCUCAUCGAAGCGGUUGUGCUGGAACUGCCUAAGCAGCACACAUCAAGUCAGAGCGUGCAAAUCUGACUAUUCGUGUCGUACGUGUCGUGAACGCCAUCACACUCUCCUGCAUCACACGCCACCUAGAACGGUCACAAUGGCAGCACAUUCGGACGACGACAAAGUUUUCUUGGAAACAGCAAACGUCCAGGUCAAGGACGAUUACGGCAAUAUUUUCGAGGCAAGGGCCUUACUCGACUCCGGUUCCAUGUCGAAUUUCAUAUCCGAUGAGUUCGCUCGGAAAUUGUUGACCAGUCGCAACAAGGUUAACGUCGCUGUAUCGGGCAUUGGAAAUGCAGUACAGCAAGUGAAGGGUUCGAUCGUCGCAACGGUGCAGUCGAAAACUCAAUCCUUUGCUACGGAGAUGGCUUUUCUGGUAUUGGAAACGCCAUCAGCUCACAUCCCCACUUCACCUACGGACAUCUCAUCGUGGAAAAUGCCGGACGUGGCUUUAGCUGACACCAACUUUAAUUUGCCUGGGCAUAUCGACAUCGUCAUCGGAGGCGAUACUUUCUGGGAGCUUCACACCGGUCGCAAGCGCUCUAUUGGCAGAGGCAAACCGUGGCUGGUGGAGACGCACUUCGGCUGGGUGGUAUCCGGCAACACGCAGCACUCAUCAAGUGGUCCGCGGGUGUGCCAUCUCGCAACACACGACAUCCCCUUGGAGGAAAUUAUGCAGCGCUUUUGGGAAAGCGAAACCAUAGCCGAGGAUUCUGUGCUAUCGGUCGAAGAGGAUGCCUGCGAGAAACACUACUCAUCGACAACCGUUCGCAAUUCAGCGGGAAGGGGAAUCUAA